AUGGCAUCGCGGUGGUGUCUUGUGGCCGCCUUGGCGCUGCUCGCGUGUCUCCCGCUCGCCCUCGCCGACUCGCGAGUGGACGAGCUGCGGGAGCUGCGGCGGCGCGCCAAGGACGGCGUGAUCCGCAUCACGGACGAGAGCUUCGCGGCGUACAUCAAGGCGGCGGAGCCCCGCCCGUACGGCGUGCUGCUCUUCUUCGACGCCGCCAAGCUGCACGACAACGGCGACCUCAAGCUGCCCGCGCUGCGCCGCGAGUUCGCGCUGCUCGCCAAGGCGUACGCCGGCAAGUUCCUCGCGGAUGGCGCGGCGCCGCGCGACGAGGUGUUCUUCUGCGACGUAGAGUACGGCCAGUCGGAGAAGGUCUUCCACGCGCUCGCCAUCAACGGGCUGCCCGCCACGCGCUUCUUCCCCGCGGGCACCAAGUCCACGCGCGGGCAGGACAUGGACUUCCAGUCCGCGCCCGCCACGGCCGACGGCUUCGCCAAGUUCCUGCAGGCGGCGGGGGGCGUGGACGUGGGGCCCAUCGAGCGCCCGCCCAAAGUGUCGUCCACGCAGGUUGUCGUGGUCGCCGUGCUCGCUGUCGUCGCCGCGCCCUUCGUGCUGCGCGCGCUGGUGACGACGCGCACGCCGCUGCACGAGGCGGCGACGUGGUGCGUGGUGGGCGUGUGCGUGUACUUCUUCUCGGUGUCGGGCGGCAUGUUCAACAUCAUCCGCGGCAUGCCCCUCUUCGUGCCCGACCACAAGCACCCCGGCCGCUUCACCUACUUCUACGGCGGCGGCGGCGCGCAGUUCGGCGCGGAGGGCUUCACCAUCGGCGCGCUCUACACCACCGUGGGGCUGCUCGUCGCCCUCGCCACGCACGUGGCGCCGCGCAUGCGCAGCGCGUGGGCGCAGCGCGUGUUGCUGUUUGUGGCGAUGGGCGUGGCGGCGGCGUCGGUGCGGCAGGUGGUGCAGCUGGACCACGCGAAGCAGGGCUACUGGUCGGUGGUGGGUGCGGGAGAGAAGGAACCUCGAGGAGCCUAG